AUGAAGCUGAAGCAGAAAGGAACAUUGCCUGGGACAGUCGAGACUAUCCCGAACCAAGCGAAGGCUAUAGAAACAAGGGGUGGAAAGCGAAUGCAAUCGCUACCACUGCCAGACAGAGGUACCAAUCCUUUUUCUACUCAUUUUGUUGCUAAGUCACUUGUACAUGAUAAAAUGAUACAAAUUCCAAUUGAGAAGGAUGAUCCAUCCCAACCGCGAGUGAUACCAGCCGCUCGGGUACCUGAACAGAAGGGAAAGGCCCCCGCUCAUUCUGUGGCUAGGACUCUUUUUCCUACUAGGCUUGGGAAGAAGAACGACUCCAAGGAGUUUGAUAAGUUUGUACAUACUUUCCGUAGUCUUAAAAGUACUAUACCGUUUGCUGAUGCUUUGUCGCAAAUGCCAUAUUACGCUAAGUUCAUGAAAGACAUAAUCAAUCAGAAGCGGGCAUUUCCUGAUGAAGCUGCAGCGGUGCAACUAGAGAGUGUGUGCAGCGCGGUGUACGUUGGAAGAGAUUUAGGUGAAAUUGCGAAAGCUAGGGAGUGUCGACAAGAGAGAAGUUUUAUUGAUGCUGUGAUGCGGCAUAACCCGCCAAUAUAUUCUGGUUCCGUAGAGCCUGGAGUUCUUGAGUUCUGGGUUGAAAAGAUGGAAAAGAUAUUUCGUGUUGUUCAGGUUCCACCAGAUCAACGAACCAAUAUCGGGGCUUAUUUCUUGGAAGGUCGAGCAAAUCGGUGGUGGUUAGGUGAGGAAGCUGCGGGAGUGGACCAAGUGGAUAUGACUUGGGAUGAGUUUAAAGCAAAAUUAAAAGCUAGGUUUAUACCGUCUCAUGUUCGAAAAGCAAAGAAGCAAGAGUUUCUGGACUUGAAGCAGGGUUCGAUGUCAGUCGAGGACUAUUUUGUAAAGUUCAAUGAGUUGGAGAUGUAUGUUCCUGACUAUUUUUCCUGUGAGAGAGAUAGAGUUGAUCAUUUUGUAGAUGGGUUGCAGCAGAGGAUUCAAGAAGCUUUAGCUGUGUUGGAUAUCAGUUCGUUGUAUGAGGCUUACGAGCGUGCUGCUCGAUUCUAUCAGAAGCAAGAAGUCAGGCAGAAGGGCAGUGAGAAGGAAAUGGGGUAUCAACAUCAGUUUCGAGAUAAAGGAAAAGCUGAGGUAGAGGAUGAACCAAAGGGUACCCGUUGUGAUAAAGUUCCAUUAACAUGUUUUAAGUGUGGUGGUAGUGGUCAUAUUGCCAGGCUAUGCCCAAGUGUGGGGAGAGGAUUAGGACCAUCAUGGCGAGGUGGUCGAAGCCAGUCACGUCCAUCAUCUAGGCAGCUAGGCAGAGGACCUGACCAGCGUGGCAGAAUAAAUGUGGUUACCCAAACAGAGGCUGAUCAUCACCUAGGUAAGGUUUUAACGGGUAGAUUUCUUGUUUGCGGUUUGUCAGCUCUUGUGUUAUUUGAUUCGGGUGCAACGUUCUCGUUCAUAUCUAAACGUUUGGUUAAAAGAUUGGGUCUGAAUUCAUCAGUAGAAGUGGUAGUGGAAGUUUUACUUCCAUCAGGAGAAGUACUGGAGUGCCGAGAACUCUAUAUGCAAAUUCCAGUUAGUAUUGGGGGAGUUGAUUUUGCUACUAACUUGUUGAGUAUGAAGUUAUCCGAGUUCAAUGUGAUACUGGGGAUGGAUUGGUUAAUGGCAUAUCAAGCUCAAUUUGAUUGUCGUAAAAGAUCAAUUUCGUUGGUUGGAGCGAUGGGUGAACAAGGGUAUCCAGUGUAUCUGUGUGAGGUAAGAGAUUUGAAGCAAGGGGAACAGCGAUUACAAAAUAUUCCUGUGGUUCGAGAUUUUCCUGAUGUAUUUCCUGAUGAUAUUCCUGGUAUGCCACCAGCUCGUGAGGUGGAUUUUACUAUUGAUAUUGUGUCAGGAGCCGAGCCAGUAUCGAGAGCUCCGUAUCGCAUGGCACCUACAUCGCCUUGGGGUGCUCCAGUUUUAUUUGUGAAAAAGAAAGAUGGAAGCUUGAGGUUGUGCAUUGACUACCGGGGGCUGAAUAAAGUAACGGUAAAGAACAAAUAUCCUCUUCCGAGAAUUGAUGAUCUAUUUGAUCAACUGAGAGGUGCAAGUGUAUUCUCCAAGAUUGACUUGAGGUCUGGAUAUUAUCAACUAAGGGUUGCAGAGCAUGAUAUUCCUAAGACAGCUUUUUGCACUAGAUACGGUCAUUAUGAAUUUACGGUUAUGUCUUUUGGGUUGACCAAUGCCCCGGCUGCGUUUAUGGAAUUGAUGAAUCGAAUUUUUCAACCAUACCUCGAUCAGUUUGUGGUGAUAUUUAUCGAUUAUAUCUUGGUAUAUUCUCCAGAUAAAAAGACACAUGCAAAACAUUUGCGUGUGACACUAAACCCACUGCGUGCGAGGAAGUUAUAUGCCAAGUUAUCCAAAUGUGAGUUUUGGUUGAAAAAGGUUGCUUUCUUGGGGCAUGUAGUGUCUGGUAAGGGUAUCUCAGUAGAUCCUUCUAAAGUUGCGGCAAUCUCGGAUUGGCCAAGACCUACCAAUCAAUCAGAAGUAAGAAGUUUUUUGGGUUUGGCAGUGAAUUACCGAAGAUUCGUUCUUGAUUUUUUUAAGGUUGUGAAGCCAUUAACUAAUUUGCUGAAGAAGGACACAAUGAUUAAUUGGGAUCGUGAGUGUGAGUUUUCUUUCUUAGAAUUGAAACAUCGAUUAACUUCAGCACCAAUCUUGGCUUUACCAGUAGAGGGUGGGGAUUUUGAAGUUUAUAGUGAUGCUUCAAAAAGGGGAUUGGGAUGCGUCUUAAUGCAGAAUCAAAGAGUUAUUGCUUAUGCGUCACGACAACUAAAACCUCAUGAAGAGAAUUAUCCUACACAUGACCUGGAGAUGGCAACAGUUGUGUUUGCUUUGAAGAUUUGGAGGCACUAUCUUUAUGGUGCCCAUUGUAGAAUGUUUACUGACCAUCAGAGCAAAGAAAAUGUUGUAGCCGAUGCCUUGAGUCGAAAACCAAGGCAUAAGUUGGGUUAUAUGUCAGUUGCCGAUGAACUGUGUCAAGAUUUAGCACUGAUGGAAAUUGAAGUACUUGGACGGGGCAUGACGCGGGGAUAUUUGCAAAUGAUGCAAGUUGAGCCUGAAAGUUAUGAUCAUAUUAGAGCGGCUCAAAUGGAAGAUAAUAAGAUGGUCAAGUUGGCUAUAAAAGUUCAGUGCGGUCAGACUCAAAACUUUAAUAUUGCUUCUGAUGGGAGUCUUCGAUUCCAUGGGAGGUGGUGUAUCCCAAACGACUGA